UCACCAACUUUUUGAUGUUGAGUUUGACACUCUGUUGUUACAUGUUUCCGUACACGGAUUCGAAUAAAUACAAAACAAUAACGCCCGGAGGGUCCCAAUGAACAGCUGGAAAAUGUCUUCUCAGCUGUCAUUGAACGUCCCGGAUGAAAGUGUGUGCUGGCUGCAUGAGGAAUGCUUGCCAGAAGUGACCUUCCUUGAUGUUACAUGUAGUUCACCUCACCCUGCGGGAGUGCCUGCUACACCUGCUACGCCUGCUACAACCGGGUCUGCGAACAGCAGGUUGAACUCGCUCCAGGCCCCCCAGUCGAGUUCCUCCAUCGACUUAAACACCACUUCUCAAUUGCCCUGCCCUCAGAAAGAGAGGCCGGAUCUCCUCCAAUGGUGUUUGAGCCGCCCGAACGCGGCGUCUGGGACUCUCGGUGCUAAACCUUCGCGGCAGAAUGGAACCAAAACCUUGUCGGAAACAAGCUCGAGUGACGUCGCUCAAGAAACCCAUUCUGAAUUCCACUCUUCUGAACUGUCAGUCUCUUAUGAUAAGAUGGUUGAUCCCCUUGAGAGUAUGUAUCGUCCGGAGCGCUUUAUGGAUUCCCGAUACUUCCCAGAAAUUACUCUGCUGGAUGUCACGCGCGAAUCAGAGCCCACAGACGGAGGAGAAUCCUCUUUUAUGGAGGUCCCGCAAGAGAAUAUUCUGGAAAGCUCUAGGACCUCACCGGAGCACAGUGGGUCAAACGAGGUAAUGGUUCAGCCAUCGGGUGACAACACAUUUAAUGCGCAUCCUUCGAAUGUUACUCAAGACCUUAGCUCCUCGAGUGUUGUGACUGUUCAGUGUACUGCGUCGGAAUCCUCCGCUUCUGACACGCAGUGCGACACCAGUUCAAAGAACGUCACCUCUGAGCUUCACGGUGAACCUCCGGGGACAUCGACCCCCGUGGAAGCUAACGACGAAGAGCCGCUCUCUCGCCACGAGGCCGAGUUGACGAGCAAGGAGACGCAACCAAGCCCAGAAACCUGUGGUUCUGUGAGCAGCCCCUUAAACUCUCUCCAGUCCUCCCAUUCCAGUUCUUCCACCAAUUUAAACACCACCACCACCACAUUACCCGGCCCUAGGAAUACGACACUCGAUCUUACCCCGUCUAAUGCAAGCAGCCCCAAAGCAGAGAGCGAGCCUACAGAUCGGGCUACUCCGCUCUCUACGAAUACCACUGAAACCUCCCUCUGUGUUAAUCGGACUUUCCCAGCCGUAAAGGCACCGGGUUCGUCCGAUAUGCAGACCAGUAUUUCUCUUCGAACAUCCUGUGGUAAUACCUUUAUAGGUAAAGCUGGCUCCGGAACCUUUUGUCUCCAGAACAACACCUUCGACGCUAAACCUCCCAAACAGAACGACACGGUAACUUUGUCAGAAGCGAGCUCAAACGACGGCCUCCAGAACACUUUUGACAAGGCCACGCCUCCCGGGGUUCGUAAUUCAACGAGUACCCCUAAAGAAAGCAGCUGCAAAGCCCAACCUCCCGAACGCGACGGGACACCAUCGAGCACAGUCCCCGAUACCAAGAUAGUUGACACCCCUGAGUGCGUGUCAGAAGCUGAUCCCGCUGUUGAGGUGGCUUCUGGAGCCGAUCAAUGCGAGACGACGCGUCGCUCGCGACCCAGUCUGCCGCUGACAAGUAGGCUCUCUGACACUUUUGGCUGUCAAACCAUGGAAACGGAAAACAAAUCAGAACACCCAUUCAAUUUGGAUGAAUCCCUAGAUUUAAGGGCCGACAUUUUGAUCACUUCAACGCCGAUGACCACCUGUAAGAUUUUAAGCGUAACCACAGAACGAGCGGAGGGCAAAACCAUUGCGGCGCAGAAAAGGCUGUGUGGGGAGGGUCCCGCUGGUCUGCCACAUGGUCCGAAAUCCCUCUUGCCUCCGUCGAGGACUGCGUCCCAGCUGUUGAGGCAGAAGUCAGGCUCCGCCCUCUCUGGGAGGUUUGAUGCGUCGACCUCAGGCCUCCCCAUGACGAGGCAAAGGACCCAGGCUGAAGCUUUGAAAAAUGCAGCCCAGGCCACAGGAGUAUCAAGCGCCUACAAAUUGCGGGCUUCUACAACAGGAUUAAAGGUACCCAAUUCGGGCUUGCCGAGACCUCAGUUGAGUGGCAUACCGUCAGGCAUCCAGAGACCUGCAGCAGGUCUCAGGCCGCCAUCAGCCAGAAGCAACGCAUCAUCAUCCUCACACGUUAACAGACCCCGUGGACCUACAGCAGCUGCUAACCCAGUGACGAAGGCUACACAUUCCAAGAAGCAGCCUUUAUCCAGAGGUGAACCUUUACCAAUAGCAAAGAAGAAAAGAAUGGAUGCUGCAUCCGGCGUCUCUGCGUCGGACGGCUCUGCUGCUGAGGUCUCAGCCUGUAGCGAUGCUGUUGGUCGACACAGGGCCUUGAAACAGCCCGCGACCAGCCAUCCAGCUGUGCCAGCCAGAGGAAAAGGCCACGAGUGUGCCACCUGUGUCAUGCUUAAACAGCAACUCCAACAAAAAUCAGAAGAAAUACAGAGGCUCAAAGAAGAGUUGCUGAAGAAAAGUUAGAACAACAACAUGGCUGAUAUUAUUAAUGUUUUCCCCUUUUUUUCCACUGACACUGUAAAUAUGAUGUAUUUUACAAAACUACUAUAAAGUUUUCCCGACCAAUGCUCAUACAUUCUAAUAUAAUAACUUCUUCCACUUCCUACUCAUAUAAUUGCAUGCAUCAUCUGUGAAUUUUGAAAUAA